UAGAUCGUAGACCUUAAGCAACAGGUCUAGCUUUGGUAAGGAAAAUUAUCUUACUUUUUUCGCGACGUCCUUUUACUGGACUUUCAUGGAUACGGACCUUCCUCCGGUAGAGGAUAAAUAUAAACCCCUUGCAGAAAACACCUCAUGACAAACAUAACAUACCCCAGUUAUUGCUAAAUCAAAUGAAUUUAAGGUAACGCCAGUAAUUAACGACAGAAAGGGACAGCGCCAUUACUAUAAUGGGAUACUUCAUUGUGUCUAACACAAACACACGCCUUUAUGGUAGAAUAUCCGCUGUUCACAACUGAGCACUGUCCAAAGAAGCGGAAGUAACCGAACAAAAGCGGCCCUAUAAAGCUCCGUGGAAAUGAAUGCUCUCAUGUCUUUUAUUUUGGGAGAAAUGUAGUCUGUUGAAUAAUUGAUUCCAUAAUAUAGGCCCUCGAUAGGCUAAUGAAUCUUUCAUAAAUCUGCUUUUGCGUCUGCGGAUAUCUGCUACCUCAUGCCCUCUCGGAAGAUUACUUUUGAAGAGUAAUUCUGCUGGCAGAAUGGACUCCACUGAGGGGAAAUAUUCGAGCGAAGAAAUCAGUACCGAAGAAGUGAUUAGAACAGUCAAGACAAUGUUGCUUCACUCUAUAUCGCUGGACAACUCAGAAGGUUUUACCAUGGCUUUAGAAGCUUUGGAAGAACUCAAUAUUGGUCUCAACUGGAGUGCCUUUUCCGAACCCCUUCUGCCUGGUCGUGGUGAGUGGAAUACUCCUCUUACCCUGAGUUCAAAGCUGGGUCGGACAAGCAUGGUGAGCUCUUUACUUCAAAAAGGUGCAAAUCCCGACCUAUGUUCUGAUUCUGGAGUUGAGAGAUCGACUCGGCGGACACCUCUCCAUGAGGCGAGUAAAUCUGGGCAUCUUCAAGUCAUCGACUGUCUGCUGACACAUGGGUGUAACGUCAACUCACUUGACGCACGUGGUUGGACACCAAUUCAUGAUGCAAUUUGUCAUGACAGGAUGGACAUUGCAUUAAAGUUACUUGAAAAUGGUGCAGAUCCAAGAAAGAGCUUUUUCGUAGCUUCUUCAGAUCUGAAGAAUCUUGAUCUCAUCGGAAGAGGAUCUCUAAUGUUUUCUACCAAGCCUUAUACACUAGAGUCAUCAAUACCUGCGUCAUUUGAGUGGAAUUGUUUAUCGUUUGCUGCUAAUUGCCACCAACCAUGGUUAGUGGCAAAGCUAAUAGACGAAUAUUUACAAGAUGCCGUCGAAUGCCACAGUUCGUCUCGCAGAACGGCUCUUCACGAGGCUGUCAAGUUACCAGAAAGUUUGAAUCUCGAUAAGGAAGCUGUUGUCCGAAAUCGGCACGAAACCAUGAAAAUCUUACUGGAUGCAGGUGUCAAUCCUAAUAUUCCCGAUCACUUGGGGAAAAACGCUCUUCAUCUCUUCUUCGACCAUGUUAAUUUGGCCAAAGUUAUCGUAAAAAAGUAUUCCAAGAUCGUCCUCGAGACAAUCCUCUUACUGCACGAAUAUGGCAUCCGUCUAGACAUGGCGGACCACAAGGGAAGGACUGUACUUCACCAAGCCGCUGCGUUUGGCUUGGAAGAGACAGCGCAGAUUCUUCUUAACCUUGGUGCUGAUAUUCACCGCGUAGACAGCGACAGAAACACGCCAGCUCAUGUUGCAGCUUACCAUGGUAAUUUUGAAGUACUAAGCUGCCUGAUGAAUCCGCACGUUUCGCAUGCGGAGCUGAUCAACCGUCACGGAAACACGUUGUUACAUUGCGCGAUAAUGCCAAAAGCCGAUGAGGAUGCUCUGAUACGGGUCGCGCAAACUUUGAUAAGCGAGCAGGGCUUCUAUAAAACGCGGGUAAAUGCUGAUGGAGCCUCAGAAUAUGACCUGGCUGUUAUGUUUCAGUUCAACGCGCUGGCUCGCUUGCUUAUUGACCAAAGUGAUGGGGUUAUGGUUGCCAAUAGUGAUGACCAGUCAGAUACCACAGAAGUCCGCCGACAUGAACGAGUUACAGGUAACGAAACCGAUACCCCUGAAAUGAAGAAGGAAGAAAACACUGUGGAUGGCGAAGGUGUUAGAGACUGUGACAGGCAUUUUGAAUUGGGAAAUGAAACUGAUUUUGAUGAUAACUGCGACGACUCUGAAAUACCUGAAUUGAGAAUUGACGCCAACACUAACGUCAACGAGUAUUUAAUGAAUCUUUGUCAAGAGUAUCGCGUCAGAGGCUUCCACUUGGAAGACGAGGGAACAUGCCACGAGAGAUGCAAAAUUGCUAAACAGACCGUGGAUUUUGUCGAAGACCUUUUGAAGCUUGGUGCUGAGGACGAUGGGAGGUUCACUUGUGAAAUUUUACGCACUGGAAGUGCGUUUGAAGGCUACAGAAUCGGAAAACCCGAUGAAUUCGAUUAUAUGUGUGAACUGAAAUCCCUAACGGAAGAAAAAUGUGAAAUUCUUGUGACUAGCGAUCCUGGGUUUGUUCGUGUCCGAGUUAAAGAGGACUACAGAGACGAAUGGAGGAUGUUCCUAUCCGAAGGAGGAUUUCUUGACGCCUCAAAAAUCAAAUCUUUUAUGGUGGAAAACUUGUACAUGAAGUCUGGUUCGAAAGCCUUUGCUCGGAAACGAUGGAAUUUGAGCUUUAACACGACAAGCUAUGAUUUGUGCAUGUUAUGUCAACCGGUUAUUGCCACGAGCAAGGCUGGCUUGAAGAUGACUUUACUUUGGCAAGGGAAUGUCUACAAAUUUAUGCCUAUUGAUAUUGACAUCACUCCAGCAAUAGGCUUUCCCGGGUGGCCAAAGUCAGCUAAAGUACCCCCAUCCCAUGUCCUGAGAGGUUGUGACGAAGUGGGGUAUCACAUUGUUCCCAAGUCAGAAGGAGGAGAUUCGUUGUUGUGGAGAUUGUCCUUUUCCGUUGCCGAACUACAGAUUCUACAGAACACAACUACAAUCCAAGCAGCUUGUUACACAGCCCUGAAAAUAAUCAAAGGACAGACGUCACUAAGAAGUGUAAGAUCGCAAUCUUUCUCUCAUUUUGGCUACCUUCAUACUUACGUCCUCAAGAUGAAGUUCUUUGAAGAACUAGAACGCUGCCAGGACCCAGAGAUGUGGCAAGAAGGCAAGCUAGUUGAGCGGAUUUGCUCCGUUUUAGAAUCUACAGCACUCCUUCUAAGCCAGAAACGGCCCUCUCAAGUGGAAUCGUACUUCCUGCCAGGGCACAGGGUCCUCCGACAGGCAGACAAACACUUUGGAAACUUCGUGGCAGUAUCUAUCAAAACAACCCUUCGGAAGGUAAUACGAAUGCUGCGCAAGGAACCUGAGACGCCGGCAGAAAAUUCACCGGACGACACUGGCUUCAUAAUGCAGUUUGACCCAGAUUCAGGUUCAGAAUCGGACAGUGAAAGUGGUGCGAUUAUUAACGAUCCUGGCACAGUGGCGAAUAACAUCGCUGCUUCGCUAUUGUCGUCCAUUUACAAGAGUAAAUAAAUUUUACUCGGGAAACCCUGAAUAGGUUCAGUAGUGGCCAUUGUACAGGACUCUGGGGAGAUAGUUGUCCUACCAGUAUUGUUUACUCAUCCGAAAAAUUAUUUGAACAAUUAGGACCUACAGUCCAUUCCACUGAUGGGAAAAGUUUUGAAGUGUAAUUUUGAAAGAUUUUCAAUUAACUGAUCAACAAGAACAGAAAGCUUAAAUUAAACACUUUAUUACAAUAAUUACAACAAAUGAUUCCUUUGCCUCUCUAUCUCCAAUACAUUAAAUACUAUUUUCUUGUAACAGUUACAAAGUAACAUGAGACAUGAGCUGGAGAUGCUGAUAACAACGAAAACCAAAAAAGUUGUGGAGGUUUGGGUGUUUCAAGUCUUCCCAAUUUAGUGCACAUUGUUGCAUCUGUAGCUUUGGACGACGAUUUCAAACUCCUUGAUGAAACGAACACGUAAAAUUUAAUUCAGGUCCCAUUACCAAACAAAUCCAAGACAACGUUGUCGGAAAAAAACAUUAAGGGCACAUUUAAUGUGCACUAGAGAACGAAAAAGGUUCAAAAUAAAUUGAGUGGGAUCAACUAUUUUUCAUUUUUUCUACUUUGUGCUCAGAUAUUGAUAUUGUUUCUCUUAGCAAUUCCCCACAACAAUCAUAUAUAACAAGUUGUAACGGUGUAAAUGUGAUUCAUUGACUGAGGUAAACAUAGCUGGAUAUUUACCACGAAUUGUGUGCUUAUCCAGCUAUCUUAACCAAAUGAGCUUGAUCAAUAAAGGAUUACUAUAAUUAUGGCAUAUAGACUACACCGAAAAAAUUGCCAAAUGAAUUCACAAAACCAGAAGCCCUUAACAUGUUGUAAUUUUCUUUGUUUGACAUUUGUCUAAAGAAAUACACGGACUCUCUUGCCCGCAGAACUGGGCAGAACACUUUUCCGAAUAGUGUAAUAAGUUACUUUGAA